AUGUCGUGCCGCUCCUUCCAGCAGGGCUCCAGGUGUGGCAGCCGGAGCUUCAGCUCGUGCUCAGCUGUCCUUCCCCGGAUGGUCACCCACUACGCAGUGAGCCAGGGGCCGUGCCGGCCCGGGGGUGGGGGGGGCCUCCGUGCCCUGGGCUGCCUGGGCUCCCGGAGUCUGUGCAACGUGGGCUUCGGGAGGCCCCGGGUCGCCUCCAGGUGUGGCCUGCCUGGCUUCGGCUACCGCACGGGGGCCGCCUGUGGGCCCUCAGCCUGCAUCGCCCCCGUCACCAUCAACGAGAGCCUGCUGGUCCCGCUCGAGCUGGAGAUCGACCCGGCCGUGCAGAGGGUGAAGAGGGAUGAGAAGGAGCAGAUCAAGUGCCUGAAUAGCCGCUUUGCAUCCUUCAUCAACAAGGUGCGAUUCCUGGAGCAGAAGAACAAGCUGCUGGAGACCAAGUGGAACUUCAUGCAGCAACAGAGGUGCUGCCAGAGCAACAUAGAGCCCAUCUUCGAGAACUACAUCAGUGCCCUGCGGAGGCAGCUGGACUUUGUGGCAGGGGACCGGGCCAGGUUAGAGUCAGAGCUCGGCAGCCUGCAGGACGCGCUGGAAAGCUACAAGAAAAAGUACGAAGAGGAGCUCUCCUUGCGGCCUUGUGCUGAGAACGAGUUUGUCGCCUUGAAGAAGGACGUGGACACAGCCUUCCUGAUAAAGGCUGAUCUGGAGACCAACGUGGAGGCUCUGCUCCAGGAGAUCGACUUCCUGAAAGGCCUGUAUGAGGAGGAGAUCUACCUGCUGCAGUCUCAGAUCUCAGAGACCUCCGUCACCGUGAAGAUGGACAACAGCCGGGAGCUGGAUGUGGAUGGCAUCGUGGCCGAGAUCAAGGCCCAGUAUGAUGACAUCGCCAGCCGCAGCAAAGCCGAAGCCGAAGCCUGGUACCAGAGCCGGUAUGAGGAGCUGCGGCUGACAGCGGGGACCCACUGUGACAAUCUCCGCAACCGUAAGAACGAGAUCCUGGAAAUGAACAAGCUGAUCCAGCGGCUUCAGCAAGAAACUGAGACCGUGAAAGCCCAGCGCUGCAAGCUGGAGGCCGCGGUGACCCAGGCAGAGCAGCAGGGCGAGGCGGCCCUCAGUGACGCCAAGUGCAAGCUGGCAGGGCUGGAGGAGGCCUUGCAGAAGGCCAAGCAGGAUAUGGCCUGCCUGCUCAAGGAGUACCAGGAGGUGAUGAACUCCAAGCUGGGCCUGGACAUCGAGAUCGCCACCUACAGGCGGCUGCUGGAGGGAGAGGAGCACAGGCUGUGUGAAGGCAUUGGGCCGGUGAAUAUCUCCGUGAGCAGCUCCAAAGGUGCAGUCCUCUACGAGCCGUGUGUGGUCAACACACCCGUGCUGAGGACCGAAUACUGCCCGGGGGGCACCAGUGUCCUCAAGAGCAGUGGGGGCUGCAGCGUCGUGGGCACCGGUGAACUUUACAUCCCCUGCGAGCCCCAGGGGCUACUGGGCUGUGUGAGCGGGAAGAGUUCUGGCAUGAAGCUGGGGGCUGGGUGUGGCUCCUCCCGCCACAAGUGUUAG